AUGAAGAUUAAAAGACAUUCUCUGGACUAUUUGUUUCAGGUCCGGGCAUUUGAUGCUGAAUCACGGGAGCUAGAUUCCAGUGCUCUUGUUACUUUGAAUCUACUUGAUGUGAAUGAUAACAACCCAGAAUUCCAAAGACAACAAAUUAUUUUCAGUAUACCGGAAGGAGAUUAUACGAGAGAUCCACCUAGAGUCCUCGGAGAAGUGGAAGUGAUGGAUUUGGACAUGGGAUUAAAUGGUGAAAUAAUGAUUAAUUCAUUCUCUGAAGAGGAAAACUUUAUUGUGCUGCAAGUAAGAAACGAAGAGAGAACAUGUCCAAAAAUAAGGGAUUUAUUCAUAAACAGUGAAUUGAAAUUCAAAUGUAAAAAUUUAGCAGAUAUAUAUCUAUAUAUGAAAAAAAAAUCUCCAACUCAGUUAUACUCACAACUUUAGUGUAACUAAUCAUUGUAAUUUAGACAGUAAACCUAUAGUAUAUAUAUAUUUGUAUAUAUUAUAUAUAUCUAGCCAUUUCCUACAGAAAUCUCACAUUUGCAGUGCUGUUGUUACCCCGAGGAAUUCUGGGUGGGCAUAUGCAAAUAAGAUCAACAAAGAAUCACGUUAUUGCCUAAUUUAUUCCACUUUAUACAUGGAUUCCUUGGCUAUAUGGACGUCUGCUGUAUACAACAGCUUUGAAACACAGAUCAGGAAGUGGUGCAAAGCUAGAUAACCACUCAUGGAUGGCCAUUGCAUUGUUAAUGCAACUCAUCAGCAUGAGGUUGGUUACAAGAUUGCAAUGGAGGCAUUACUGGAGCACAAACCAACGUCCAUGCAUGAUUAUGUGAUUAUCUGGCUUUGCAUUCUCUUCCUGAGUUGUGUUUCAAAGCUGUUAUACAGCAGAUAUUUACUUCAAGGAAUCCAUGUAUAAGGCGGAAUAAAUUAGGCAAAAAAAUUGUUCUUUGUUGAACUAAUUUGCAUAUGCCCACCCAAAAUCCCUUGCAGUAAUAAGACCACAGAAAAUUAGAGAUUUCUGUGGGCAAAGCAAAGAUUGACUGGUGUGCAAAUCUGUUUAAAAAUGUAUUUACUAUCCACUGACUUGUAGUGGAAGAAGUUUUCGAUCACCUUUUCCCCACCAUAACUCCACUGGUUUGUGCUCCACAGCCUGGACACUGUCCAGGUUUAUGACGUCCAUUAAUUAUCAAUCACAUAUAUUUUAUGUUUGGGAAAACACAUAUAAACCUAAUUCUCUACAUUUUUAUUUAUUUUAAAUCAUUAACUGCAACUGGCAGAACUAUUUGAAGUAGGAGCCUUCUUCUUAAAUUGCCAUACAGUGGGUAGUUAAAACAUAUAUUCAUAAUGCUACAGUGUUCUAGUAACUACUUAGAUGACUGCCCCCUUCCUGUGAAAUAAAAACAAUUUUACUUACCUUAUUUUCUUCAGCACACCACUCUAAGUGCAUUCAGCCCUCAUACCCGGCAGGGAUUCUCAAUCCUGAUGAUUUCAGCCAAACCAAUGACUUCCCAUAGGAAAUCAAUGAUAGGCUAGUCUAGUGCUGUGCCAAUCAGCAUCUCCUUAUAGAGAUACUCGACAAGUCGACAAUCUAUGCAGUACUGAAUACAGUAGGUCCCCUUAAGUGGCUGUCCGAGUGACAGGCUCUAGAGUUGACUUUAGGGAGCAAUCAGUGAAAAUGUAACAAUGCAAUUAGUCUUCCUUUAACUACAUUUUCUCAGAAAAGGCAGUAUUUACACUACUUAACCUGUAGGGGCAAAAUCUAGACACCAGAACCACUAAAUUGAUCUGUAGUAGUUUUGGUGCGUAUAGGGUCCUUUUAAAGUCCCUGGCAGAUCAGAAGUCUCACAGGUAUUUUUAAUAGCAAUUUCUCUCCUAUUUGAAGAGGGCUCAUAGUUUAACCUCAACUUGGGACAUGGCUUUAACUCAAGGAUCUGAAGUCACAAACUGUGCAUUAUACCAACACAUUUUCAAAAUAACCAAAAAAAACAAAGAGUCAAAAUAUUUUGGCAUAAAAUUAACAUUUUUGCUUGUAUUUGUCCACAAUUUCUUAUGCUAGUGAGUUGUUGAUAAUAUAUUUGACUUGGCUCAUAGUGUUGUUUUUUUUCACUCACUGCUAUUUCUGUUUCUUUAGAAUGGGACAGUCCUUGUACAUGGAGUUCUGGACAGGGAGACUAAAGAUAAAUAUGUAAUAUCUUUACUAGCAUCAGACCUCGGGAAUCCCCCAAGAAAGGUAAUUGAAAGUCAUGAACACACACCUGAAUUAUUCAAUCAAGCUCUGUUAUUAAGAGUACAGAUAUAAUUGUUCCAUUUAUUAAAAACGAUGCAAAAGUAUAUCAACAUUAACCUUUUAAUAGCCAUUGCCCAUAACCAGUGAGCUAGUCAUAUGUUAAUGUAUUUUAAAGGGACACUGUAGGUACUAUAACCAUUGCAUCUCAUUGAAUCGUUAUAGCGUCUGGAGUCCCCUGGCUGACCCUCCAUUCAAUGUUUGAACCUUUAGAAUAACACUGAAUGAGGAUCCUUGGCUUCCCACAGCCCUGCCACCACUGAAGGAACACCUCCUUGUAGCCAUACUGAUUCAUACCUGCAAUGGCACUUUUUUAGGCUGAACACAGUCAGCUGACACUCCCUGCCAAUCACAGCUGCCCAUAACUGAGCAGGCUAAAGCUUUCUCAUUAUCCCAAGCAGCACAGAGGGGAUGGACUGUUUGGGAGUCCUAUUUAGCAUUAAAACAUUAAGAUUGGUUUAAUACUGAAUGGAAAGACUCCAGACACUAAAAGCACCAGUGGGACUCCAGGGGACUCCAGACACUAAAAGCACCAGGGGACUCCAGACACUAAAAGCACCAGUGCAUGCUCAUCCAGUGUCUCUGUACUCUGUAUGGAGGAGUAAAAUUCUGGGGGAGGAGUCUGACGCUCCACCAUCUUAAAACUUCACCUACUGCCACAGUCUGGUGCCUACAGUGUGCCUUUAAGUGAUUGUAGAGUUGUAAAUCACCGUACGUUGCUGUUCAACUGCCAGUCCUACUACUCUUUGAGUGGAACAGAUAUGAUCAGUCUCCUCUACAAUGUUUUCCUCCAUGCAAUUGCUCUGCGAAUGACUCAUGUGGAAGGAAACUGAGAAUCUUCCUAUUAUUAAUGGUUUUGAGUUUGCAUUUCGAGCCUCCCACUCAGUCAUAGCGUUUGGGAGUGAGAUGGGACCUUGGUAAGGAAAGAUUCGGGUACAGGCACUGAUAAUGUCUACCUACCAAUGUGAUCAUCACCAACUUAAUAGAUUCCUAGUGAUGUAUAUAAAUAUGCCAGUUUCAUAUUUGCUAGAAUUACGUUUAUUAUCUGUUUAUUGUUGUCAAAUGUGGUAUUUUCCUUCAAUAGAACUUUGCAGAGGCCCUGAUUCUCAUACAGGAUGUGAAUGACAAUAAACCUACAUUCACUCAGAAAGAAUACUUUGCACAUAUUCCACGUAAUAUGAACGAAGGAGAUCCAGUUAUUACAAUAACUGCCACAGACCUGGAUAUUGGAUAUAAUUCACAGAUUUCCUACAGGUAAUAGACUUGCAGUUUUUUAUGGAUACAACAAAUAUGGAACGUUUAUUGUAAGUGGUAUAAAGUACAAACACAAGUCCUCAGGACCCCUCAGUUAUCAUUUUCUAGGAGUGUAGGAAGGUAGAAGAUAAAAUAAAGUUUUGUUAAUGUAGACUGAUGAGGGAAGCGUAAGCUGCAAUAAGCAUCAUUUCAUUAGGCAUUUUUUCUACUACUGGCCCGACUACCUUAUUAAAUAUAAAACUACAGUCAGGGACAGGUUUUUCCACAAGGCCUCUGGGCGGCAUGCAGGAAAAGUGUGGCAUGUCAUGUGGGGAGAUGAAAAAUUCUCCCUCUACGGCCAACCCAUUCUCAUGGAGUUGGGGCUGCCUCGAGAGCUUGCAGUUUGCACCACAAGAGGGUGCAGAUCACAUAUAUUGCUCCUGCUUGCCACAGGUUAUCCUAGCAAUGCUCAAUAAGAAGGAGAACUGCAAGUGGUCUGCACCUUCCAAAGGUGCAGACCAGAUAUUACACUCACUGAACUACCAGGAUUACUAUUCCCUCUUCCUGUUUUAACACGUUUCUCCUACACUACAGUCCUUACCCUCCCCAUGUGCAGAACAGUCCCUAUUACCCUAACACACAAAAGCCUCUAUCACUCCUCCAAUUCACACUACGCAAACAAGAGCCCUUACCUCCCCCUCAACAUACUCAACAGCCCUAGCCUUGCCCCAAUUGCACAAUUGACUCCUUAUCUCUCCCAAACAUACAGCCCAUAGUUCCCACACACAUGUGCUACAGCCCUAAAACUAUAAAUCCCACAGCGAAGAGCUUUAUAUUGUGAGAAUCACAAAACCCAGACCUACAUUUUGAAGCAUAUUAUGUCUCUGAAAUAUUAAAAAUGAAGGCACAGUCACAGUUUAGAAAUUGCCCUUCAAAUUUGAGCUGGCUAGAGUGGAGUUUCAAUGAAUGUCAAUGGACGUUGUGAGUUGCAAACAAAUGGUCAUAUUGUGAAAACUAUCAGGACUAUGGCUUAGCCGUGGACAUGUUUAGUGGCAGGAGGGAUAGCUGAACGUUUUGAUAUAAGAUUUGUGUAGGUGGGCCUGAAAAUAAGGGAGUGGUGGCAGUUUAGAAAUCAUGUCCUGAUUUUUCAGCUUUUGUCAGCUUCCACUAUAGUUUUGAACAUUUUGCCAUUCAUUCCUAUGGGACCAAUUUCGCCACAAGAACGACGAUAUUCCGUGAACCAUACGGCGAAACGUUCCACAAAGUAAUAGCAUAUCAAUCGGGAACAAUCCGCACGUUUCGUUAUAUUACUGUCUAUGUAGUGUAAAAACUGUGGGAGGAGUUAGAGUGGUAAAUUUGGCUAUAUUAAGAAUAAGAAUAAUAUAUAUAUGAGAUAACAUUAAGUGGCCUUGCUAUGCAAGAACACUUAAUGAAUUGUGGAUACAAAGAUCAUAUAAGUAAUCUACUAAACUAUGUAACUGUAACUGUACUUAUUAUCAUGAACCAAUAUAAUAUUCAUACAGAGGAAUGGAAUGGUUAAAUAUAUUAACAUAUCUAAGGUUAAACAUUUAGGUCAUAUUUUCUUAUCAGAUUUUCACAGGACUACACUGGAUUCACCAUUGAUGAACAAACUGGCCAGAUAUUUAUUUCAAGUAGUUUAUCUGCUAUUACUCCUGAAUCAGUCCGACCAUUGCUUGUAAUAGCGAGUGAUCUUGGCACUCCAGCGCUGUCAUCCAGUGGUGAGUAGUGGUAACUACACAAGAAGGAGUACACUGCUAGUGUCUUACCAAAGAAGAAAACAGGUUUUCACUAAAUAUGUCUAAUAAGAGCAAAAAUAAAACAGGGCUAGGAACAGCUCAGAGAUUAAAAAAUAAAAUAAAAAAACCCCAUUUGAGUCAAUGCUACUAGCUACUGAGCUUUUUUUAAGGGAUCCUGCAAGACCACGAGAUCCUCCAUAGCCAAGAUUUUGCGAUGUGAGAGUAGAUGCCCAUUCUCACAGCCGUCACUAGCAGCAACUGUGAGAAAUGACACAAUUGACCACAAAACAAAACAGUCUGAUAUCUUUUGAUUGCUCUGGAAUUCCGAAGGCUUUCCAACACAGUCAAUAUGGGUAAUUCAUAAAGAUUUUAUUUCGUUGAAAUUCUAAAAACUGAUAUUGUUAUGACAGAACCAUUUUGAGCAUUUUAAUGAUAUGCAUAAAAUUGAGUAAUUCAUAUAUUGUUUGUAAUUCUUGUUGUCUGUAUCUCAUUUCAGUCAAUGUAUUUGUCACAGUGGCCACGAAUAACACUGGAUUACAGUUUUUGAAUUCCCACUAUAAUUUCUCUGUACCUGAAGACCGGCCAGCAGGCACUGAGGUUGGGAUAGUAAAAGCCAUUAUUGGAAACAGAGGAACAUCCUUAACAUAUUUUCUCAAGACUUACUUAGAAAAAUUUUCCAUUACCAACAAGGGCCAGAUCAUCACACGAGUCAUGUUAGAUCAAGAGAGCCAGAAUCGGUACAAUGUUAUUGUGGAAGCCACGGAUUCACAGGAACCUCCAAGUACAGCAGCAACAAUGGUAUGAUAUUCUUAGAUUUAAAAAAAACUUUAAUUUACCAAAUUCCUUGUAUAAUUUCUGUAUCGCAAGAAAUCAUUUUAUUUUCAUGUAUAGUCAAGGGAAUUUGCAGACAUAUAUAUUUUUUUAAAUUCUUUAUUUUUGUAGUGCAAACAGAGUAAUAUAGGAAUAGACAUAUUACCAAUACAUGUAACAAAACAUAUUCAGUUAAGUCCCAUAGGUAGCGCACUAUUUUUUUUUUUUAUGUUGUAAAACAAGCAGAUUAAAAAAAGACAUACAACUUGUCCAACGGCAUAGUGAGUGGGAGACUCCAGACUAUUAGAAACCAUUAAAUACCAUGGACAGUGUAAUAGAGAAUGCAAAACAAAACACAUAGGUAUUAAGCAGAGUAGCUUAGUCAUACUUGUGCCCACCCGGGAUGCCCUUCUUAGGUUUAGAGGCAGUCCAGCAUCUAACAGAACACUAGGAUAUAAUGAGAAGGAAAAGCAUAACUAAUAUAGACAAUCAAAAGAGAGACAUAAAGGAAAGGCUUCUACAAUGUGGGACUGCUGUAAUUUGUUGUCGUCCAUCCUAUACCUUCCAGUGACAGUCUCAUUUGAGCCUAGUACACAGUUUCAUACCCCAUCUGAGUUGUUUCAGGUGUAAUGCCUUUUGUUAGGAGGUGAUUGGAAGCCAUGAUGCCCAGCAGUAUCCUGCCAACUGAUCCCUCAGUGAGGAAUAUUCCAAGAGUGGUCCCCCAGGGCCCAUGCCUGAGGAGUUACAGGGUGUGGAUCCCACUGCAAUGGAGAAUGAGGGUGACUAUCGUCUUAGCUGGGUUCUCAUAGAGGUCGCACCUGCCUGCAUUGUAAUGGUCUGAAGCAAAAUCCUUUGGGGUAAUCUGUCUGGCAUAUGGUAGUGUUGUGCAGGUUACAUUUGCUGGUUUAGUCUCUUCCAGAACUCUGCAAAUAUCCGAUUAAGGUUGUCGAGGUUUGUGGUUCCUUUGUCGCUGCAGUUAGGUGGGCAUGCUGCACCUGCCAUCUUAGAGUAGUAUGGGCUGUAGCAAACUCGAGAGUGGCACCCCCAUGGCUCGUAUGAGGAGGAAUAAGGGCUCCACAGGUCUGGACCAAGAUUACCCCCACCGGUCCAGAGGGGGAGGGGGGCCGAGGCAGCAAGAGUAAGCUGGGUCCCGCAGCUGGCUAUCUGGAAGAGCGGCCGUCUCUCCUGUCAGGCACCUGCACUAGGCCUCACUAUGCCCCCUUGCAGAUUACAAGGUAAGUGUGGCAGAACCAACCUCCCCACUGGGCACUGGAGAAGCCUGGUUGCUUGCCUGCUCCUUCUGUACUAUGGCCCCAUGUUAAACGCUGUACUUUUCCCCUUUAGAAAGGCUUGUUCCUUUCUGUGCCUUUCUGCCUGUGCCUUUCUGCCUGGGCGUUCGGUAGAUUGAAUCUACCGAACCAACGCACGAAUGGGGGGACCACCUGGGCAAGGAGUGUGCCAGUGAUUUACCUCCCAGAAGCUGCGGUUAACCGCAGCUUAAUUGGUGAACGCUGGGUGGCUGCUGUUCGUAUAACCGAACACGUGGCAGCGGCCAUCUUAAACUCCCGAACGGCCAGCGGUGUUCAUCUCCAAAUCUAUGGAACUCAAAACGGACACUUAUUUGCACGAACACUGCUGAGCCGCCGCCCUCCCUUCUCCUGCAAUUCAUACGAACACCGUCCGUUCGGUACUUUCCCUAUGUGAGCAGUGUUACCCCAGAUAGCUAUGCCAUGGAGCCCUUUCGUGUAACGAAAGACUAUGUGACAGACUUUGGCUUCAUGGCGAUUGAACUGUAUGUAUGUGAUCUGAGCACCAUUCGGUUAUAAUGUGCGCUCAGAUCUAAGCUUUCUGGGGAUAUGUUGAAUGUAUAUGUUUUAUGUAGUAAUUGUAACACUGUAAUUUUAUGUCUUUUUACUAACAUGUGGCUAAAGGAGUUUUGCCUCUGUCCUUGGAGAUAAUUGGAUUACUUCCCAAUUAUCUCCAGGAUAGAGAGGAGGGAUUGUAAUGUGCAUGUGGGAGUGGUUAAGGUUAAACUGUCCUGAUUGGUUACUGUCCAGUUUGCGUCCCAGUGUCCCCUAUGGGAGUGUCCACCUGGUGGCAAACCUGCAUAAAUACGGGGCAGGUAGCCCAGAUUAAACAGAUCACUGCUUGACCCUCAAAACGAAGUGUCGUCUCAUUCUUGGGGGGAUUUGAUUGUAUGCUGUUACAGUUCGACUGCCAGGAGUGUAAACUGUUCAUAUCGUUUUUCCUGUUCGGCUGUUUACAGCAUUCGUAUGGUUCCAGUUCGGGAGUUUGAGAAUUUGUGUGUUUCCAGUUCGGGAGUUGGAGAAUUUGUGUGUUUCCUGUUUGGGAGAUUGGUGCUUGCAGUAGCUGCCUGUGUAUCUGGAAGGGAAUAUCCUCUAAACAGCUGUUUAACCCCUUGUGUGCCUGGGGGUGCCGUUACAGUAAGCUUGGGCAUCUGGUUACUGUAGGUGACCUCACACAGCAGGAGAACAGCAAGCUUGAACCAUGGCUAAACAACUGCCCUGUGAGGCAAGAAAUUCAGAGGUUUUCGGUGGCUAAGCAAGGAGCUCUGGUAAAAAUGCGUCCUGCCACCAUGAAGGUCAUGCCCCGCCCCUAAUUUGCAGACUUCUUAAACUAUUUAUCGAUAUAGAUUUAAACAUAUAGUUACAUGGCUGAAAAGAGACAUGUAGUCACCAAGUUCAGCCAUUCUCACAUCUGUUUUUGCUGUUGAUCCAAGAGAAGGCAAAAAACACAGUUUGAAGUGUUUCCAAUUUUGCAACAAACUAGGAAAAAAUUCCUCUGUUUUGACCCACACACAUUAAUUAAAAAGUCUUCAGUGAUCUUUCCAAUUUCAAGAUUCCAGUCAAUAUUCUGUUAGGUCAACCUCAAUGCUAGUCUGAAUUCAUGAUAAUGUAGUGUUUAGGUAUGUUCUGAGUUCUACAGAGCAAAUGUGAAACUUAUCUCAAGUGUCUUUAAAUCAGGCUUGCCACUGUAAGAGAAUAUACUGUGUAUCCAGCCUUAGUUUAACAACAUCAAUGUAAUCAUACUAUAUUUUUUUCUUCUGUUCAGGUUACUGUUAUUGUGAUUGAUGUGAAUGAUAACAGACCAAUCUUUUCGCCAAUGGUUCAUUCAAGUGUCACAUGUAUAGAGAAUGAGAACUUCCUUGAUAUUGGUUUAAUCAGUGCCACUGACGUGGAUGUAGGAGACAAUAGUAUUGUGACUUACUCUUUGGAAAAUGAUUUUAACGGCAUCUUCUACAUAAAUUCCUCUACGGGGGAUCUGAUGACAAAAAAAGCUUUGGACAGAGAGGUAGCAACCUCUUAUGAUGUCACAGUGGUGGUGAGCACAAGGGGCCUUUACUUGAUUCAUUAACAAAGAUUUAAGGUUUUACUUGGUGGUAUUCUUUAAUGUUCACAAAGCAUGGGGUGUGCUAGGGUUCAUUUAACUACAUACUAUUUUUAUAAGGUUUGUGCAAAUGAAUUGUGAUUCAUCCAAACGUUGGGUAAUCAACGGGUCAUCUGAAUUUCUUAACUCCGAAUCAUGAAACUAAUGAAACAAUAGAUGAACAAUUUUGUUUAAUUUGUGACUCAGAGUUCUGUUCAAAGUGCCAAAAAGAGAUGAUUAGAUGACUAGUGAAAAAAGAUAAAUGAUGGUUAGGGGACAGCACUUAAAUGUUGAUUGUAUUCACAGAUCAAGUGAGAAGUGACCAACAGAGGGAAAAAAAGGAAUAGCAGUAAAAAAAAAUCUAUAUUUAUUAAGGAUGUGCAUGGGCAAAAAAUUUGGUUCAGUUUGGCACGCCGAAAUUCAGGACUUUGGCAAUUAGGGACUUCGGCAAUUCGGUUCAGCACUUCCAAAAUUCGGUACUUGGGCAAUUCCCUACCCCUAAUUCCUAACCCUACCCCUAACCUCAACCCUAACCCUUCUCCUAACCCAACCAGGGUUAGGGUUAGAGCUAAGGUUAGAUUCCUGGCAUCAUUCCCUUAAUUUUCCCUCCCUCUCCUGUUUUGUCACUUUUCAGAAAUCCGAAGCACUUCGGCAAUUUGGUUCGGCACUUCAGCAAUUCGGGACUUCGGCACUUCGGUAAUUCGGUUCAGCACUUCCGAAAUUUGACACUUCUGAAAUUCGGGUAUUUGGAAGCAUCCGAAUGUCCGAAUUGCUGAAGUUCGUCCGAAUUUACAUUCGCAACGAAACAAAUUGCACGUCAUAUUAUUUCACUUGAUCUGUGAAUCCAGUGAAUCAGUACAAUGCAAAAUGUAUACAUAAUAUUAUCUUAUUUUUUCGUACUCUUUUGGUUUGUCCAAAUCGUUUUUCCUGAAUUGUUUACAUGGAUGAAAUUUGUCCGAACCAAAACAUAAUAUGGACAAAUCUUGGGUCACCCAAACUGAUUUUUUUUUUUUUUCAGACGGAUUGAUUCGGCCAAGCCAAAUUUUUUUCACUAUGCACAAAUCUAUUUAUAUUUGUGAAAAUCACAAUAAGCAUGCUAUUCAGAUGAGGUGUCUAUGAAUGGUCACAUUGCAGCUACAAGAGGAAAUAGCUUUAAGAUUAGAAAAUCUCCUUUCUCUUACUAUAGAAACCGUUGUCAUCAAUGAUCAGAAUAUUUUAAGUACUCCCUCCUGGAUCCAAAUGGGAACUCGCUCUAUCCACCCCCAGGCACUGGACGAUACAGUCUUUCCCCAUUGAAUCCUCCACACUGGAACAGUGAUUAGCUCUUUCCCCUCUCAGUAACCAGACAGGAAAUAGUUCUGGGAGUACAAGCUGAAAUCGUGUAAUCUGGCCAGAUGGCCUGCUUUUAUACAUUUCUGAACACAGGCAAGCACGCCCAUGACACUCCCACACAAAACAGGAUAAUCCCUCCCAUAUGCCAGGGAGAUUAUUGAGUCAGGAAUUGUACAAAACUCAAUUAUCUCCAGGCACAAAAAACACACAUUUCACAGACACUCCAAAAGUACCUUCAACUACACAAAACCCCCAUAAAAGUUAGCCCUGAUCUGGGUGACCAACAUAUCCAAAAAUCACCCAGAUCGGUUCAGGUUUUUCAUGGAAGUCAAUUAUUUGACCGACUGUACACAUGGUCCUAUGCCAAAAACAGUUCCAUGAAAUCAUGGCUAGCGGUCAGUCUAGUUCGAUAGUUUAAAAGAACAAACUACCGAACAUAGUCUUACCCUGGAGCUUGUUCACCUUGUUCGUGGGAACGUUUCCACCAAACACUGCCCUUCUAAGUUGUGUAGAACCGAACGCAGGCGAUCAUGGAAGUCCAGCGGUGUUCUGGAGUUUCAGUGUCCAUUUUCAGUUCCAUGAAUUUGAUGAGCAAACAUCGCUGCCUGCAUUUAUGUGAACAAGAUGGCCGCCACCUCGUAGUUGUUCACUCGAAUAGCGGCCACCCAGACGAACAAUUAGAACACUGCGUUGGGACGUGUUGCAAACUGUCAAUUAGGCUUAACAAGCUCCCGGGUGAUUCAUGGUUCGUGCGCCUGUUCGGUUCCCAAACAGAAUAGAGAAAGCGAAACCUGUAAAAGACUGUUUAACCAAGCCAGUUAAACAGCCUUUUACAGGUUUCCCUGCAGGGCCCAUAGUCUGUGGGCAGGAGGCUGGCAAGCAGGCUCCUCCAGGAGCUUGUGGCAAACUCAAGUGGGAAGGGAAGUUUGUCAUACUGAGCUUUCAGGUUUCUGGGAUGAAAAUCUGGCCCUGUACACUGCCCACUGUUGAAUGGUUAUAUAACAAAUUUCAGGCCAGCUGAAACACUUUAUAUUUUCACAACUGCAAUACUUUGUUAGCUUAAAAAGAGGGGGUACAUGAGAGAUUCAUGUACCAAGCCUAGAAGCCCUCAGUCACACUAUAACAUUAACUACUACUACAUUAUCUACUUCCAUCACAAAGAAAAUUUCCUUUCCUGUCUCCUUAUCAAAAGCCAACUGAUUAAGAUCAAUCAAUGAUUCCGGUAUAUAUAAUUCUGUUUCUAGACUAUUGUGAGUUAACAUUGUUUGUGACACUUUUCACAGCUGUGAUAUUACAAUUUCUUUUUGCUCAGGCUAAGGAUUUGGGAAGCCCGCCAUGCUCAUCCACAAAAAGCAUCCACAUUACAGUCGAGGAUGUCAAUGAUAACCCUCCAAUCUUCAAUGAAAAAUCAUUUGCAGUCACAGUAAAGGAAAAUGAGCCUCCACAAUUGGUAUUUCUACAUAUGAUACGUUCUAAAAAAUCCUAGAAUUUUUUGGUAAAUGUAUCUCUCCUUCUCUGCAAAAUGUUUCUCUACAUAUACCAUCCUUCAUGAAUAUAUAAAAUUCUAAAUGUGCUUCUAACAUGUAGAUUUUUUUUUCUGCAUUGGUUUUUUAGCUGUUGAAUAUUUCUGCCAUGGAUAGGGAUACGGGAUAUAAUGCCCUUAUUUUAUAUUCCUUUACAAGAGCGACGCCUCUGUUUUACAUUGGACAUUAUUCCGGCAGUAUUUCCAACCUUCAGCCUUUGGACUAUGAAACAGCAAUGGAACAUGUGCUAAAAGUGAUAGCAUACAACCCAACUGAUUCUCAACUGCGUGGUACAGCAACCGUCACUGGUAAAACUGCCAUGAUAUUUUGUACCCAUGUCAUCUUGUUUGUACAAACAAAAUAAAAGUGUUACCUGUGCACACAUUGCUAAAUAAUAAAAUACUCAAAUGGGCACUCUCUAUUCCUAAAAAAAACCCCCAAUUUUUCUGCUCUUUAUUGUUAUUGCUACUGUAAGGAAUAAUGUGCAUUUCAUAAACAUUUGAUUUAAAUUGAUAUCGUUUCAAGGUCCAAACACUUAAAGAGAGAUUAUGCUCUAGAAAAAAAUACUUAAAGAGACACUGUUGUCACCAGAACAACUACAGCUUAUUGUAUUUGUUAUAGUGAGUAGAAUCAUUCCCUACAGGCUUUUUGCAGUAAACACCGUCUUUUCAGAGAAAAAGCAGUGUUUACAUUAAAGCCUAGAGAUAACUUCACUGGCCACUCUUCAGAUAGCUACUAGAAGUGCUUCCUGGGGCAGUGCUGCACAGUGUGACUGACAUUCAUUGUCUCCACCCUCUGCAUGGAGACACUAACUUUCCUUAUAGAGAUGUAUUGAUUUAAUUCAAUUGAUUCAAUAUUCGUUUUGUUGUAUCAGUAAUGUAUUUUUUGUAAAGAAAGAUAUAUGAAUCUGCCUGGGUGUCCUCUCCUAAUGCUGUGUGCCUGGCUUCCAACAAUUGAGAUCACUCAGUUCUGUUAGUUGCUGAGCCAUAUACUCACACUAAUAUGGAAUUCUGGGAUGAGUGUAGUACCGAAUACAGAUUGCUCUCUCAAUUCAAUGUGUUAAGUAAGAUGUUUUUAAAAAUCUAAUUUGCCUAUGGAAUCAUUUUAAUAUUUGCAAAGGAUUUGGAUGGUGAGAAGGCAACCGUCUACAUGUCUUACAGUGGAGGAGCUCUAUCUGCGUGUCCAUGUUAAAAAUGGACAAUAGUAUAUUUUUAUAGUAUAAUGUAUAUUGAGGGAGAAAGUAAAAGGGACGCUUCAAAUAAAUAGAAAUUCAAAAUGCAAGGAAGCAUGAAAAGUGUCUGUAUUUUGCUAUUUGUUAUUGUUUGUGCCUUGUGUUUCUUUCACAGUUAAUGUAGAAAAUGUGAAUGAAGUGGGACCAAUACUUCAACACAUAACAUACAACAGAAUAAUUAAGGACAACGUUGCCUUUUCGGGACUGCUUAUUUGUGAUAUAAAUGCAACUGAUGAGUACGGUGCUGUUGACCAAGGAAUACAUUAUUCUAUCAUAGGUAACUGAGUUGGAAUGCAUAUUAAAGGGAAACUCCAGUGCCAGGAAAACAAGCCGUUUUCCUGGCACUGCAGGUCCCCUCUCCCUCCCUCCCACCCCCCAACCCCUGGUUGCUGAAGGGGUGAAAACCCCUUCAGUAACUUAUCAGAGGCAGUGACCAUGUCCCACGUCGCUGCUUCUCCCUCUGCCGCUUCUCCUAGUGAAUGCGUCGGCCAGUGGGUGAGACUGAUCCCGCCCACCGGCCAGGGAGACCUAAUGUGCAUGCCAGGCAAUGCCGCACAUGCGCAUUAGCGCUCCCCAUAGGAAAGCAUUGAAAAUGCAUAUCAGUGCUUUCCUAUGGGGAAAUGAGCGACGCUGGAGGUCCUCACACAGCGUGAGGAUUUCCAGCGACGCUCUAGCACAGGUUUCCUGUGCUAUGAUCCAGGAAGUGCCCUCUAGUGGCUGUCUAGUAGACAGCCACUAGAGGUGGAGUUAACCCUGCAAGGUAAUUAUUGCAGUUUAUAAAAAAACUGCAAUAAUUACAGUUGCAGGGUUAAGAGUAGUGGGAGUUGGCAGAAGUGGUCUGGAUGCCUGGAGUGUCCCUUUAACACAUUUGUGUCAGUUUGAGAACAUAUGGGCCAUUGCAUGGAACCCUUUUCCAAAACAGUUAGAACAUAAAUGAAGUAAAAGUAUCACAGUGUCCAGGACAUGGUGAUAACACUGUCCAUUGAGGAAAAGUCGCUGUUGAUUAGAUGUUUAAAGAGACAGAUUAAACACCAAAAUAGCUUAACUUAAAGGGUUACUGCAACCACCAUGACAACUUCAGUGAUUUGAACUGGUGAUGGAGGUAGGAGUAUGUUUGUGCAGUGUUUCUGCUUGAAACACUGCACAUGCUGAGAUAUUUUUCAAUAGAUGCACCCCCCUCACAUGUGACAUUGGCAGCCCAGAACUCUGUUCCAGACUGCCUAAUGUCAAUUCUGUGCAUAAAAAAAAGGUCUGUUAUCAGCAUGAAUGUGAACAUCUUUCCCAUGCAGGCAGAGUGCCUGAAGUAAAAUACUGCUUCCCCCUCCCUCUCAUUGUGUGCUCCCUCCCGCCUCUCUCCGUUGCACAUUGUUUUUUGUUUUUUUCUGGGAUUAUUUUUUUUUAAACCCUCCCUUGUUCCUCUCCUCUCCCUUCCCUUGGCACAUGUCCUCUGAGCUGAUGAAUUGGUCCAAUCACAGAAUCACAGGCUUCUCUAUGUGAAGUCUUUGAUUGGACCACGCAAGACCCCAGUGAGGUCAGAGGGAUUGUGGAAGUCAGUUUUUCAAGUUAAUUAAAAUAUGUUUUAUUGCAUCUUUUACUGCAGGGGGAAAACCAUAUAUACAGCAUAGUAACCAGAAGGGCAUGUUAAAAUGGUUGUAGUAACACUUUAAUUGAGUGGUUUUGGUUUAUAGAUCAUGCCCCUGCAGUGUAUCUGCCUAAUGGCAUUUGGGAGUUAAAUUAGUUUGUUCAUGCAGCCUUUGUCACAAUUUCCCUGCAAAUGACCCUGCACAGCUUUCCUAAACAAUUCCUGUAAAGAGAGAUCUAAUAUUUAAACUUUAUUUAUGGUACAUUCUGUUUUAUUUAGAAUUUCUUACCUCAUGCUCUGUAAUCAGCCUGCUCGAACCAGCAGAAUUAUUUUAGAGUUCAAUUAACAGAGCAGAAGAUAUACACUUCUAAAGUAAACACACUGUGGUUCAAAAUGAAAUCUUUUUUUAUGUUAGCUGUGCGAGUUACAGCCAGGGGAGGUGUGGCUAGGGCUGCAUAAACAAAAACAAAAGUGAUUUAACUCUUAAAUGGCAAAGAAUUGAGCAGUGAGAAUGCAGAGGCAUGAUCUAUACACCAAAAACACUUCAUUAAGCUAAAGUUAUUUUGGUCCUUAGAGUAUCCCUUUAACUUCCAAAUGGUCACUUUUCCUUAUUAAAAAUGUGCUAUCAAAGACACUCAUAUGUGUUUUUAUACAUUUUUAUAAAAGUAUAUUGUUGAUAAAUGAUAUAUAAAUUUUAACAUAAGUACGAUAUUUUGAGCAAAAGUGCAUCUACUCUAUUGUUAGUGAAUUUUUAUUUAAUGUCUGAUUAAUCAGAUGUUUCUUUCUAUAGAUGGUAACAGUGAGGGAUUGUUUGUCAUCUCUAAUUCCACUGGUCACAUCUUUCUUAUAAAAGAUUUGCCAAAACAUAGGACUACGGUGCCCUAUAUAUUGACUGUCAAGGUCAUGGAUAGUGGAGUUCCACCUCUGUCUGCCUUUGUUAAGGUAAAUAGUUUAUUAAAUGUUGACCUGAUGUAUUUAGCUAUAGAUACCAUUAUUACCAAUUGUAUUGGUACAUAUUUUAUCAAGCUAAGUAAAUUUUACCAAAAUUUCUCUAUUUCCAAUCACAAUAAUUUAAAUGAACUCUCUAGCAUUGGGAAUACAAACAUGUAUUCCUAACAUUAGAGUGCUAUCUCCACUUUUUAGAUCGAGAGCUCCCCUAAAUUAUUUUAAUAACUAUGUUUCACUUAUCCUUAUUUCACGUAUCCUUUGAUCUCUGCUGAUGAUCUUAGCCAAUUCAAUGCUUUCCCAUAGGGAAGCAAGGAGGGCUAGUGCACAUGUAUGCCAAUCACAGCCCAGUACCAAAAAGCAUCUUCUCAUAGGACGCAGUGCAUCUCUAUAGGCAGCCUUCAGUAUCUUCAUGCAAAGUGUAAAGACGCUGAAUGUCGGUACUGUAAAGAUUGCAGGACCCGACCAGGAAGCUAAUCUAGUGACUGUCUGAGUGGUGCUUAGAGUGUUCCAUUAACCUUUUCAUCCACAAUAAUUUACUCUAACAGAUAUAUUUAAAGGAACACUCUGGGUACCAUAACAACUUCAUAUCAAUUAAAUUAUUAUGGUGCCUGGAGGUCAUGGAUGAUAUCUUCCCUUAAAUGGUUUGGGAAAAGUUUAAACCAAAGUUGUGUAGAUGGUACACAUCUGCUUUGCCUUUCUUCUUCCAGCCAAGUCCUCAUCUUCAUUGAGAAAACUGUGUGAGAAAUCCCCUAUAAUUAUGACUUACAUAUGGGCGAGUUAAAAUCAGUGGGCUCCACAUGUUUCAUGAAAAGUGAUUGUGAAUAACUGGAUAUUGUUUCUUAUUUCCAUAAGGUGUAUAUAACAAUAGUUCCAAGCAAUAUUAGUUUUCCAGUAUUCUCAACGGAUAUCUACAGACCGGAUCCUGUGAGUGACAAGGCUUCACCAUCUACCUUCCUGGUACAGGUCUACGCUCUUUACCCUACUUUCCUUCUCUAUAACAUAACAGCCGGCAAUGACAAAGGUAAUGCUACUCUCCUUCUCCACCACAUAAUCCUGUUCAAGGACUUGGAAUUUCUCAGGCAGUUUAUACCAAACAACCAUGGGAUGCCUUAAGGAGCUAAAUAUCUGAAAAUAAUUUCACUCGUAAAACAAGGGGAGGUUAAAAAAUGCAUCUAAAUGUGCCUUGCUUACAGGCUCAACUGUUCAACAUGACAUUUAAAAAGAGGAGUUAUGAGGAGCUGUUGAAGUUGAGACAAGGUCCAAAGACCAAGAAAGAUUUCUAAUAGACUUGAUCAUAGACUCAUCGGAAAAACAAAACAAAUCCCCCAAUAUUACUGCAAAGGACGUGCAGAAAGACUUAGCUGGCACUAGAUUACUUGUCCAUUGGUCCACCAUGAUAUAGUGGCAAGUGAAUGCACUGUAACACACACACAAUCCAGGUUCAACCUCUCACACGCACACACAGUGGACUUCUCUCUCAUGCACACACACAAACACACAUAAAUAAUUGCCUUGGGCAUCUGGUGAUAUUGAGUCUGGAGUGGGAGCAGAAGCAAACGCUGCUUUUUUUGAUGCAUGCACAUGACUCCUAGUGUUUCACUAUGUUUAAACCACUUACAUUGACAAAUAAUUCCAGUAUAAUUGACUACUUUGUCUACUUUGAUUAGAUUACUUUAACAUGGAACCAGUAACUGGUGUCAUAACAACAAAGAUGGCUUUGCAGAAGGAAGACUUUCCGAGAGAUAUAACGAUAAUGGCUGUGGAUCCAAAAAAUGUCAGCAUAUUUAGUCAAGCUCAAGUUCACGUGUCUGUGAAAGAUGACAAUAGUUUUACACCUGUUUUCCCUAACCCUCUGGUAGAACUGACAAUUAAAGAAGUAAGAAAAUCAAUUUAAUUUAAGAAUAUAUGUUUUCAAAAGUGUUUUUUGUUGUUGUUUUUUUGCCACAAUCUAACAUAUGUUGGACAUUACAUUUAUAAUUUGCAAAAAGUAGUGAAGUAGUCCUGCAUGUAGCUCUCAACCAUAGUAGAGUAAACAUGCCAGAACGUAGGUUUUUUAUGAAAGAAAAAAAAUUGCAACACAAAAGAAGAAAUCAUGCAAAGUUUAAAAAAAAGAAUGUGCUUGAAUAAAAUAGGAGAAACUGUAAGCAGUGCCAACAGAUAAAACGUACAGCUCCCAAAAGAUAAGCUACUGAAGAGAAAACUAAUUAGGAGCUUGGGAUGGGAUGAGAAUGAAAAACAGUAUUGUGAUUUAGAUAAUAAGUCGAUUGAAAAUGGCAACAGGGAAAAGAGAGCAAGUAGUUAAAAAGAAAAACAUAAGAAGGAGUAGGUCAAGCACAAACCAAUAAUGUGAUGAAACCAUCAUAGUCGGAUACUCAAGUAACUGCUGCCUCCAGAGGGAGUUGUGCCACUUGUAUAAAUAGAGUGAUUUGAGAAGGAGCCUAUCAUUGUACAGUAGGUCCAUUGGGCCUUGUAUUGUUGAUAAGAGAGUCCAGGCUGAGGCCUAGUUUCCCCAGAACAGCAUCCUUCUCUGAUUUGUCUGAUAUUUGAGGCUCCCUGUCAUUUAGUGUAAUGAUUAAUGAUCAUGGAAUUCCCACGGUUUUGCAAACUAUGGGAAAAUAGGGAUUGCUUGAGUGGGUGAAGUUAUCUCCAACAGAGUACAGUGGAUCUAGAUAAGUCAGUGAAGAAAGUGAGAUUCAUCACCUCAAAAUGAUGCAGAGGUUAACCUUUGGUAGCAUGUAAAAUGGCAAACUUGUCUUGAACAUUCUUGAUCUUUAUGAGAAGAUCGCUUGUAGUGGAGGUUGAGGCACCUGGAGGUUGAGGCCGGCGACACAUGUAAUCCCAUUGUAUUCUCCUUGCUUGUUUGUGGGAAAAUAAUUUUGUGAGAAGUCUACAUCGUAAAUGAUACAGUUCGACCAAGCCUCUAGAUGAUAUUCCAACAUGGUAUCGCCCUUUUGUAGAUCAUGAAUAGUUUUGUCCAGCUUGCAAAGUUUAGUACCCUGGGACAUUAUGGUCUCCUCCACACAGGCAAGUCUGGUAGAGAACCCUUUAAUAUUUUUGUGCAAUUGAAGAAACGCAGAUAUAUUCUGGAGUAGUUCUGCCAAUAAGUUCUUAUGAAUGCCUGUAGUCAACAUUGAAGCAUGGAGUGAUUAUGUACGUACAAAUCCUCUAUAAUGUGUAACAGCUGCUCUUUUGAGGAAUCUGUGAAGUCUUUGAUAUCCAACACCAUAUUGGGCUCUCCUUCUCCAUGGAGCCUCUGUUACAAAUCUCUAAUAUCUACAUAAUAAUGGGGCCAAUCUUGUUUUGGCUUUUUGGCUUUGCAUAAUUGUUUCCCAUGGUCAAUAGGCCUUUAUAGGAGCGAAGGUAUGAGAAAAAAAUUACAGUUUAUGCUUAAAUCCCAGUAGUAGUAAUGCUCAUAUGUGAGAACUGCAGACUUGCGACUGCAAAAGUUGGGUCCCAGCUCCACCCCCACAAUGAAACAUGAAAUUCAAUUUCAAGGGAAUGAACUGGCAUUGACUUUAAAACAAAUAGUUAAUGAAAGACAAAAAUAAUAAAUGAAACACUAAAUUAAAGGGUUACUCCAAUCACCAUGAUUACUUCAGUGGUUUGAAGUUGUCAUGGUGUCUGGAGUUUGUUUGUGGAGUGUUCCAUAGCAAAAACACUGCACAAUCAGACUCACAUUAUGUCAUCUAACCAAGUUAAAGUAAAUUUAAUUAGAAUGGCUACUUACCUGACAGUUUUUAAAUAUGUAGGUAAUGAUCAUAAAACCAUAUCAUAAUAUUCAAGCUCUCAGUGCUAAUAAUAAAGUUUGCUUGACCAUAUUUUUAAAUUGAAUCCUCUUUAAUAUAUAAAAGUGAAAUCUUGUAGAUACAAGGUUACCCAUCCUGGAGAUUAAUGUAUAGUUUUAAGGAAUUUUUAUAGAAGAGAAGCUAUACUAGGCGAUGGCUGUGCAUCACAACUGGCCAUACCUCCCAACUUCUGCCCUCAGAAAGUUGGGACGAGUAGGCGGAGUUCUGAGGGGCUGAGCCUUAUCACAAAUGAUGCCGCCAAUGGGCAGGGCUGCCCGGAAAAGGGACAGUCUCAUCUGAAAAGGUGGUGGUACAGUCGCAUCUAAAAAAAUGCUGAAUCAGCCCGAAAAAAAGUGGGCCCAUCACUUGACAUUCAGCCUGGCCAGCCAUUAGCUAUCAGAAGCGCUGAAGUUAUCAGGACUGCUGUAGCGCUCCCUUCAUGAUCCUAGUGCCUGCUGCACAGUUGGAGCAGUUCUAAUGAUGCGUUAGUGCUGUGCUGCCCCAGGACAGUUCCCUAAUGUCCCCAGAUACAAGAUACUAGAAACCUAAAGCAGGAGGCAAGGACAACACUCAGAAAUCAGACCUGUCCCGUCAAAAGUGAGAUAGUAGGAGGCAUGUAAUUGGCGAACCACUUAUAUGUUCUAUAACAAAAACUGACGCAGUGAGAAGAAAAUAAGUGUAUAUACAUAUCAAAAAAGUUUUAUAUAUAUAUUUAUAUAUAUAUGUUUAUGUUAUUUUUAUUAUAUAUAUAUUUUGCUUUACAUAUGUACUUUUCUUAAAACAAAUUGCAAACAAUGAAUUAUUUUUGCUCACAGUAGUUUGGAAGCAGCAUUGUAUUUGCUAGGCUUUGUUUAGAUAUAGUUAUUGAAAUAAUAACCAAUGUUUUCUUGAUGUUACAGGAGCAACCUGUCCCUUUAUUAAUUACCCAGCUGUGGGUCUUUCACAAUGAUACAGGAAGAGAUGGAAUGAUAACAUACAGUAUUCUCAGUGGGGAUAAAGAAGAUUUCAGUAUAAAUGCCAGCAAUGGAAAACUUUAUGCUGAGGCCAUGUUUGAUUUUGAAAAAGGACCUAUUGAAUACCAGGUCAGAUGUUCUGCAUCAGAUAUUUAGAGGCAUACUAAAGGCACAAUGCAACUUUAGCUUAAUUAAGCAGUUUUGGUGUAUAGAUCACGCUCCAUGCCGUCUCACUGCUCAAAUUUCUGCCAUUUAGGAGUUAAAUCACUUUAUUUAUGCAGCCCUAGGCACACCUCCCUGCAUGUGACUUACACAGCCUUCCUAAACACAUCCUGUAAAGAGUCAUCUAAUGUUUAUACUUCCUUUAUUGUACAUUCUGUUUCAUUUAGUAUUUCUUUUCUUUUUUUUGAAUUUUUUAUUUUUGCUCUGCAAGAAAAGAUACAGGUUAGCUUGCAAUGCCACAACAGCAAGAGCAGGCAAGACAAGUUACAUGACAAAAUAGUGAAAUGGCAUUUGACAAUUCUGCACACUUUUAUAAUAUAAAAAAAAAAUCAAGCUAGGCAAAUGUGUCUAAAACUCUGAAUAUAUGCUGCAGCUAGGAUACUCAAGACACGGAUGUAACUUUCUGAAUAAUAAAUGUUAUUGAACAUGCUAGGCAAACAGGAGAAAAUAGAGACCACUGAAGCUAAACUAGCCACUGUAGUACUACAUUGAUCUGUGUGAGAAUAAAUGGAAGAAGAGUAAUGUGUGGUAGGAUAAUUAUUAAAAGACAGAAUGGUUUCAUGGCAUAUCAAAAAAAAUAAAAAUAACGUGGUACUUGUGUAGCAAGUAGAUUAGUGCACAUUUUCUAUAAUGUCAGGCGAGGCCUCCAUGUCUUAAUUGUAUUUUUAAGAUAUGUUGUUUAGAGAGGAGACAAAAAUUUAGACUAAAAUAAGUCUUAAGAAAACAAACAAGCUUAAGGACUAUGUUUAGCGAACAGGAAGGUUUUUUUACCCAGCGCCUCAGCCAGAUUUAAGCAUAUAGCUAGGCUCUUAGCAAAUAAACAAGCUGAGUAACUUAAGCGUCUCAGAUCGUCCCUCAGCCCACGCCAGCAGCUGGUAUGGUAUUGUCACCCAGAGUGGCCUUGUCUGUGUUGCUCAGAGGUAAUGUCCACAGGUUGACAUUGUUUCCUCCAACCAGGGUUUGUGUUCGAUGACCGCUGGAGGGAGGGGGGCAUGCUGUGUUUUGGCGGGUUUGCCGUUCUGUUUGGGUGUUCCCGAUGCGUCCCGAAUUCCCGUCUCUUCGGCUCCGGGCCUUAGUGAUAGCCCUUGCCUUGUGUCCAUGAAGCCUCCCAAUCUUGGUGGUUGUCUCGUGGGCCCCGGGUUCUCCUCAUCCCGGGUGUCCCCACGGGUGUAUUGAUGGCGUGGAGUAAACUCCUGGUCGGCUCCCAGCCCAGAAGAGUAUCGGGCAGUCAGGAUGGUAGAUUCGGGCAUCCUCUUGACAGGUGAUUCUGGCAGGAGAGAGCUUGCUUCAAGUUUACACCAGAACACCUGGUAGAUUGCUUCAUACUUGGUUUCAAAAGAUUCCCUCCACUCUUGGGCGGGUAGGCCCAGGUUGCUCUGCUUUAGCUGCGGCUCGGCAGCCUUCUUGUUAGCACCAAGCUGGAUGCUUAUGUGUCGCUCAGAGUCCGCUGGAGACGGUUCUGUUGCUGUACUAGUGCUUCAUUCCAGCGGGGACCGGGAUAUCCCCCACUGGUCCAUGGGGGGGGGGUAACCGGGCUCCAGUGUAGUCGCUGUGAGCACGUUUCCUCCGCCAGGAGAUCGGCCGCCUCCCCCAGACAGCAGGCCGCGCGCCUUUGGGGGUCGCCAGGCCAGGGACAUGAUGUGCCCGUCGGAGCUAUAACAGGCUUAGUGGGGUUAGUGUGUCUGUAGAUAUGUCUCGCUUUUAGUUUCAUCGUGGUACCCCCUCUCAGACAGCACAAUUCCCUUAGAAUAAUCUCAGGUUUGUCGGAGCUCCAGACAAACACGUCCGACCAGCUUGAGAGUCAGGCCCCGCCCCCCAUUUAAUAUUUGUUAUCUCCUGCUCUGUUAUUAGCUUGCUACAUCUUGCAGGAACCUCCUGUGUAUGAUUAAAGUUCAAUUUACAGAGCAGGAGAUAAAACCUUCUAAAGGAAGUUAAUUGAUAGACAGGCCUGGACUGGCCAUCAGGAAUACCAGGCAAAUGCCCGGUGGGCCACGAUGGCCAUGGGCCGAGGCCGGCACGGGAGAUCACAGGAUCUCCCCUAUCGGCCCAUGCAGAGCCGACACUAUUCGAGCGCUGGCCCUACUGUGUGCCUUCAUGGGCCAGUGGGGAGAUCAAAGAUCUCUCUUACCGGCCCACAGGCACUGAUAUGCAGCCACCAGCUGGGGAGGAGGAAAGCAGGAGAGGACCCGGGGAGCUCUAGCCAGCAGCUCUGCCGGGUUCCUCUCGCGAGGUCAGAGCGUUGCCGCGGUUACCACGACAGCGCUCAGAUCUCACAAGAGUGAACUCACCACUAAGACCACCAGGGAUGGCAGUACGGUCUCUCUCCAUGGCAGCACGGCUCUCCCCCCCUCCCCCAGGCUAAAGGUAAGAAGGGAGGGAGAAACAUAACGUUGUUUUUUUUUAAUUAAACAAAAAUACAUAUUAAAAUUUAAAUAAACAUAUUCACACACAGCACACACACAGCACACUAACACUAACAGCACCCUCACAUACAGCACACACACACACAGCACCCUCAGACACACACAGCACCCUCACACACUCACACACACACAGCACACUCUCACACAUAGCACACUCUCACACAUAUACAGCACACACACAUGUAUAUAAUAUAUAAAAUAACCCUCAAUGAGUUAACAGACAAAGAAAAUUAGAAACAUAGAAUGUGAUGGCAGAUAAGAACACCCUCUUACACACACACAGCACACCCAACACACUGCGCCUCUCACACAUACAAUACAAUAUAUAUAUAUAUACAUACUAUAGCACCCCUCACACGGCACCACUACACAUAUUACUUAUAUAUGCUAGAUCCAUUACCCUAUAUACACUCUGAAUCCUCUAUAUAUACACACACACACACACACACACAAUCUCCUAUACACACUCUGGGCCCUUUACACACUAGAUCCCCUACACACACACACUGCACCACCUACACACACUACAUUCCUGAUAUACAAACUCUGGAUCCACUAUGCACACACAACAUUCCUUGUAAGCAAACACAUACAACAUUCUCUAAACACACUCUCUCUACAACCCCUACACACACUAAGUCACCUAUACACACACACCCACUACAGCCCGUAUGCACACACUCUCUACAAACCCUAUACACACUAUGUCACCUAUAUACACACACACUACAACCCAUAUGCACGCACUCGCAACAUCCCCUAUACACAUACACACUAUGCCCCCUACCCACACAUAUUACACCACAAACACUAAUGAAAUCGACCUAUUUACACAAUACCACACCACAGUGAGCUUGCUCUACACACACACAAUCCCACAAGCAGGCUCCAAACACAUGCACAAGACGCUUUCCUGGCCCUCUUGUCUCCUGGUAUCCCACUUAUGGAGACACCAGAGACAAGUUAAAAGUAAACACAGCGCAAGCAUGCUAUUAAAUUUGCUUGCGCUGCGCAGAACAGAUACGGGGCCUUUUUCUCAUGCUAGAGCUCUUCAGUGGGGCUCUGCACAUUGAACCAACAUGCUCACUUUGAGAUGGGGUGUGCUUGUCAUUAGUGAUGGGGGGGGCGCUGUGAUUGAAAAAUGCCCUGGCCGAAAUUUUUUCCCAGUCUGGCCCUGUUGAUGAAUCAAAAUAAAAUGUUAUUUCCCAAAGUCAUAUGUGGUGUUUGUGACUAAAUAUUUUGAGAACUAACAUAUACGUCAUAUAUUGCCUUACUUUAUUUUUGAGUGAUUAGUGGAGCCUAUUCUUCAUCUAAAAACUGCAGCACACUGUGACCAGCAAUUAAUCAUUUCCUGCUGUGUCACGAAUUCACUUACAUCAUCUGUGGGUAAAUUACUCAGCCUAGUAUUAUGUAUCAUAGCCAUUCUUGAGUGAUCAUAGAACUUACAUCUGGAAAUUGAUAAAUGGAAUGCUGAUCUGAACGACGUUUUGGUAAUGUGAGAUGUCAAGUCUUAAAAACAUUAUUGGAUGUAAUCUUUCCAUAUUUUAAUCUAGAUUGAUUUUUUUAAAUUACAGAUUGUCCUAGUCGCUGAACAUGGUAGUUUAACGGAACAAAGGAAAGGUUAUUGCACUGUGGUCAUCCAUAUAAUUGACAUCAAUGACUGGAAACCAGUUUUUGAACCAGUAGAAAACACAAUGAUUGGAGAGAACGCACCCGUCGGUACUAUUGUUGGCAAAGUUACCGCAACAGACAGAGACAGUGGAGAUAAUGCUUUCAUAUUAUACAGCCUAUAUGGUAAUAAAAACAUGUUGUAAUCGUAACAUAUAAAUAUUUCUACAAAAUGAUAAAAAAAAAAUCUAUAUCUAUAUUUGAACCCCAAUGUAAAUUUGGCAUGGGCACAAUCUGCUCCAGGCUUAAGCAAUCUUUGGCACUCCAGAUAUUGUGGACAACAUCACCCAUAAUGCUCUUGCAGCCAUAAUGCUGGGGCAAAGGAUCAAGGGAGAUGUAGUCCACAACAUCUGGAGUGCCAAAGGUUACCUAUCCCUGGUCUACUCUAAAACAGCAUUUAAAAUGUCAUUAAUUUCGGUGUAACUAGAAAAGUUGCAUUGUUGUGUUUGAUCCAGAUUUUAUGAAAUAGUUUUUAAUUUUGUUUAUUGACUUUUAUUUAGAUUGAGGGCAUGUACUAUUUGAAUACUUACAUGAAAAAUGUUAUUCUGACCUAUGGUGAAGAGAUAAAGAAAGAGCUAUAUAGAGAGAUUGAGACAGACAGACAGAUGAAUUUUGUGUUGAAAUUAAAAAUGACCAAUGCUUCUUUCAGUGUUUAUAUUUUCUCGUAAUCAGAUGAAGGCAAUCAAUUUAAAAUAGAUGCAUUGCUCGGGAAUAUUUUUGUAAGCGAUCACCUUGACUAUGAAACGAAAAAAAGGUCUGUGCUGAAAGUAAGUGCUACUAACAACAAAACAGCUCCAUUUUAUCAGGUAAGAUUCAGCCGAUGAUGUACAUUAAGCACUGAUUUAAAGACAAGUUAUUCUAAUGAAAUUCCUGUCUUUCUUUUACUUCUGUCUUUGGACUAUUCUGUAAAGAAUUCAAAAUCUUAAAAAUAAUUAUGAUGGCUAAUGGCUAUAGCACUCCUGAGCUGAUUUCUGUGUAAACUAGUUUGUUAAAUACUAAAACUGACACUUUUUGAUGACACAUUUUUUCGUCAUGCUGGCCUUUUACUUUGGAAGCUGUGUCCUUAAGGGAAUAUUAUUAUUUAAUAUAUGUUUCCUUUUCUCUGGUUAUCUAUUUUAAUGACAUCCUAUACGAUCUCAGCAUGCCCCCGGCACUGUGCCCAUCCAAAGUCACUUAGCACUAUCAAUACUAUCCGCUGUUUAUGUACACAUCUGCAAUAGCUAAAUGCCAGUAAGAGUCCAAGACACAAGCACUCUAGAGUUUUUGUGUGAAAAAUACUCAAAAAUGGCUCAACACAGAAGCAGGGGACAGGGCCAGGGACUUGUUGGUAUCAUAACCACUACUGUAUGCUGUGGAGGUUUUAGUGCUUUGCAUGGCCCUUAAAAUAUUUACUUCUUUGAGUUCAAUGGCUUAUGUUUUUCAGACAAGCAAACAAAUUGUAAUUGACAUACUGGAUGAAAAUGACAAUGCUCCAAAAUUUAUGCAGACGCAAUAUUAUGCUGAAUUAGAUGUGGACAGCCCUGCGGGAACAAGUAUCAUUGUAGUAACUGCUACAGAUAAAGAUCAGGUAAUAAUUGGCAAUAUAUUUAAAUUCAAUUUUCCAUAAAGUAUGAAUGGAUAAUUAAUUACAUACCGUGUUUGACAUACUGUAGAUGGUUCUCCAUCACUUAGAUUAGGCAUGGUAAGCCAGUGCUUUUUCUAGCUCAGUAAUGGCUCUCUUUGGAACUGCAGAUAUUUGUGAACUACUGUGAGUCUUAAAGGCUGAUUAUAAUCUGAUUUUCUAUUUCAAAAACAUCUUCAGUUUCAAAGCUAGCUAUAACUGCUUUUAAUGCUCGCUAUGCAUCUUGGGACAUGUCGUUCUCAAAUGUGUGCAGAGCCAUGGUUCAGUAUCACUUCCUUAGCCUACUUAUAUCCACUGUGUUUAUUAUUAUUAUUGGUAUUUAUAUAGCGCCAGCUUAUUCCACAGCGCUUUACAAUAAAAGGGGAAUUUACCAAAUGAGACAAUUACAAAAUGUAACAGGAGCAAUAGGUAGUUGAGGACCCUGCUCAAACGAGCUUCCAGUCUAGAGGAGGUGGGGUAUAAAAACACAAUAGGAAGGGUAUUGGGAGAGACAGCAAAUAGACAUGGUGGGAAAGUAGCAGGACGGGAGAUGAGAGUGGAGUGUGGCCCUAUAGGAGAGAGCGAGAGGAAGGUUUGAGAGAUAGAAGUUACUCAUGGUGGCCAUAAGCAUUCCUGAAAAGAUGGGUUUUGAGGGACUUCUUAAAGAAUUGAAGACUAGGGGAUGGUCUGACAGUGGUAGGCAGGCUGUUCCAAAGCAGGCGUGCAUUUGCAGUAAGAGUGCGAGCAGCAGAUAGGAGAAGGUCACCAGUAGAGAGGAGAGACCGAGAGGGGGCAUACCUAUGAAUCAAGAAAUGUAAGAGGGGCUAGAUUAAAACAAUACCUCUCGGGGGGCGUGGCUUGACUGGGAACCGAGCUGGACGUGCAAGCCUAGAGCUCCUCGCUGAACCCCUGUUCCAAACGCUUACAAUCGCAAAAAACCAUGGAAAACCUACCCAUCCCGACUCCUAAUCCACCAUGGACAAGCGUCUGCCGAGAAAACCGGCCAAAAAACACGCAGACACGGCCGCCACAGUACCUGAACUUUUCGCGGCCUCCCGCACGCCGCGCCAGGACACACAAGAUGGCGGCGGAUACAGCCCGCGAGCCCCUAGCUCACCAGCAAGCUCGAGCCCUCCUCAGACCGAAGGCUCCAACGCAUCAGAAACUGCCCACAUACUGACUGAGCUGGCGGCGGUGAAAAGCUACCUCGCCCGGGAGAUUGACCGGAGCUCUAAGGCAGUGAUGUCGGAAAUUCACAAGCUGGGGGAACGUACGGCCGACCUAGAGCAGCGCGUGGAAACGACCGCAGUGGCCCACAACACGGUGGCUGCGCAUGUGAACACCCUCACCGCCAGACUGGAGGCCUCGGAGGCAGCGCUCGAAGACCUGGCAAAUAGGUCGCGCCGCAACAACAUCCGCGUGCGCGGCCUGCCAGAGCAACAGGACGAAGGCCCAAUCGCCCCCAUGCUCCUCGCACUCCUCAGACCUCUCUCACCAGAGAUACCGGAGGAGCAGUGGCACAUCGAUCGGGCCCACAGGGCCUUACGCGCCCGGAGGGACGACAACGCAAGACCCAGGGACAUUAUAAUCCGUUUUCACCACUUCCAGACAAAGGAAGCGGUCCUGAGGAAAGCUAGAGAAAGCCCCAUCACGUACAAGAACGCUGAAAUCUCCCUGUUCCAAGACUUGGCCCCCAUCACCCUCCAACGCAGAAGGGAGUGGAAACCAGUCACAGAGCUACUCAAAACCAACGCAAUAAGGUACGCCUGGGGGCAUCCCUUUAAAUUACUGGUCUUUAAGCAGGGCAGAUCCCAUAUACUCACGCCAGGCACGGACCCCAUACCCUUCCUCCGUGCAUUGGGCAUCACAGUUCCAGAGAACUUCCAGCUGCCCAACUCUGCUCUCCCGGCCCUACAACCCCUACCGCGCGAUUGGUACACCGCCGCGGAGUAAACAGCCAGCAAACGGCCACCCACACCCAUGGCAGACCCAACCUCACGGGAACUAGUUCACUGGGCCUCAGCCAGCAACACAAUGACCCCCUAACCACCCUCAGCAUCCACCAGAAACAGAACCCCAGAUAACAGACCUACAAGGACUCUCAGCCCACUGAGCGGACUGAAACGGCAACGCCUGGUGAUGGUGCCCUUCACUACGAUGGACUCCUGCUUCGAAAUCACCCCUGCUGCAUACACAGCUCAACGGACUCUUCCCCUUGACCACAACCAACACAUGACUCAGGAGCACCAAGGACCUCCGCGGCAUUCACGGCAUCCUCCCCGCCAACAGCAUCGAAGAUAAUCCACACUAUGGACUUGUCCAGAGACUAUUGCUAGCUUCUUGAUAUCACAGCAAGUACCAGUUCAAAGAUACCGCAACUUAGACACUAAUGGGGAAAGUAAAGCACUUUUGGGACACUCACGUACAGUCACAUAACAGUCACCCAAGGCACACACACCACGCAAGUACAACUCACUGCUCUAGACACCAAUUCGUUACACAACCUCACUACACAGAGACCAAGCUUCACGACAGGGACCACACCACACGUAGAGAAAGCACACACAGAGGACAUGGGUUCGUGGGCUGUGGUGGGGGGGCGGGUGGCGGGCUGGGGGGGAUGGGGCGGGGGGCGGGGCACUGGCGCGGGGGGGCACAGGAACCAUCUAAAGUGGAGGUUAUAAUAGCAAAGGUGGUGGAUGUGACUGUGUUGUAGUGUCUCGGACUUGCAUUGAUAUGUAUUGCUAUGUGUCGUCCUGCGCGGCCGCCCGGGCCGGCCCCUUCCCCUCCCCCCCCCCCCUGCCUCUCUCCCCCCGCGUCCCCCCCUCCUCCUCCCCCUCCCCCGUACGGACGCCCACUUAAUAGACUGGUGACCGUUUCUAGCAACCGGUCCCUCCCCUCCCCGCACCCUACUGACAGGGGUCACACCUGA